ACGUAUUUUUUUGGCGGGGAUUUCAGAAAUCGCCAUCAUUUUGACGUGCGACGACUCCAUGACCGUGUGGGAGGCGUCGAAUGUCGAAAAAUGACUUUUGUCAUGUGGGGUGUCUAUUGAAAGGUAUUGUCAUGUACGUUUGAAGUACGCGGGUGGGGGUGUCAAAACGGGGCAAAAUGAGACGUGGGGUAAUGUGAGACAAUGACACGAAAGUGCAGAAAGACGUUGUGGGCGUGCCACAAAGACAAUUCCGUGUGUUUUCACCCCUUUGCUACAUUUCGUUUGCAACGGUUUAUUUUUAAAGAAACGGAAUGAGAAUAAUGUGUCUAUAAAACCGAGCAAGUAAAAUUAUUUCCUCCUGUCAUAAUCAAUAUUGCAACUUUGGUGAACUAUCUGUGUAGUUCUUAUUUUGCAUUUAUUUUUAAAAAUCUACAUAACGUGCACAAAUAAUCAUGAUCACAAUAAAUCAACUAUUUGCAAUUUGUGCAAUCUUAUUUUGUGUCUCACUACAAAUUGCAAUAAUUGUGUGUGAAACGACGAUCACAACGACAUUUAUUUAUUUGGAGGACAACGUUGUAAAUUUUCGACACUAUGGCGAGAACUGCUCCUCAGAUACGGAAAGUCAACUUUGUGAUAUGAAGGAAACGCUUGCAUGCAUUAAUAGUACCUGCGACUGUGCCAAUCCACUGUCUAUGACGUUCCUACCUGCAAAAGGCAUCUGCGUGGGAAAAGCCGGUCAUCCAUGCGUUCACCAUAUUAGCGAAGCCUCAGUUUCUCCAACCAAGAAGAUCGGCCAGUGUGUCAUGUUUAGCACUUGUGAACGCGACGAUGACAAAGGAAAUGCAAAUUCCACUUGUGCCUGUUGGUCAUCCUUCUACCCGGAUGAAGUCACUGGAUUAUGUGUCCGACGUCGAGACUAUCUCCAGAAAUGCGAGCGAGAUGAACAAUGUAACAACCGGAAGGGAUUAGUAUGUAACAAGGACAUGGGGAUAUGCAAUUGUGAUAAGACGGUUACUCGCUACAAUAUUGACACGGAACGUUGCGUGGGUCUUCCCAAUACCGAGUGUGCCAAUAUUUAUCGAGAAUGUACAGAAAAUCACAAGUGUAAGUCUGGGAUUUGCAGAUGCAAAUUUAAGGAGAUGGAAGCUGCAAAUGGGACCUUGCUGUGCGACCCUGUAAGACACAAAUAUGGAAAACCCUGUGGUCGGUUUCGAGGGGACUGUGGGGAUGAAAAAGUCAAUAAUUUGAGAUGUUUGGAUGGUAAAUGCAGGUGCAAGAAUCCAGAUUAUCAAAUUUAUGACCACGACCGUAGAGUUUGUGUGAGUAAGGUUGGUGGACCUUGCAUUAUCGCUUCUCACAGUGACUCGGCUGACUCUUCGUUCCGCAACGGUACACACAACUCCAAGUUCAACCCAGAUAGUUUUCCAAUAAUCAAGUGCAUCCCGUACGCCGAGUGCGUCCCACUUACGAUUAAUACGAGGGUAUUUAUGACACCCCUCAUAAAUGGGAAAGGUGUCCCUGGGGUCUGCGAGUGUGGAGAGACCUUCUUGCCGACGAAGAAGGGAAUCUGUUCUCUCCCCCGCGGAGCCGACUGCGACACGUCCUCCAAGGACAAGAAGGACCAGUGUGCCUCGCCCCUCCAGUGCGUCUCAGGUCGGUGUGACUGCCCCAACGAGGUCGACGUGUAUGAGGACGAGACAAAAAAAUGUGCCAAACCCGUCCAGUCAUUAUGUUGGAAAGACAGCUCCUGUGUCAAGAAUGCCAUGUGCAAAUUGCGCAACAAGCACUUACCUGGGAGGUGUAAAUGUCUAUCCAAAUUCAAAACGACUUCAUUAUCAACGUGUGUUUGAUUUUCAGUAUAUAUUUUUCAGUUUUACUAUACCCAUCUGACAAAAAAACUUGUCUUAAAUAUUUACAUCAAUUACAUAUUAUUAGUCAUAUGAAUAUAUUAUAUCAUGUAUAAUAAACUUAUAAAUAAUGUCUAAAUAGUGUCCAUUCAUGAUAUCAAAAAUACAUCGAGAGUAUUGCAUUUUUCUAUGCGGAGCGUGUUUGGUGUAGAAAGUGAAGAAAGCCUAGAAAUCCUUUGUUUUUUCAGCUUCCAGGCGAUCGAUGGAGAAAGUGGUGGUGGUGGUGGCGCAUUCGUGGCCGGGAAAAAUCCGAGCAACAACAGACCCAGACUGUCAACAUCACUUUAUUCUGACUUUCACCUACACCUUGCUGCCCUGCUACUGCUGAUGGAAUUAUGACCUAGCAGACCUUUCUCCAGUACUACCGACCGACUGACGUCCUCCUCCCUCACCCAAUUCCCCCCGUGGGCCAGCUGUGAGAAUGCGGCGGUGGUCUUCAGGCCUGGUGGGUGUGGUCCUUCUGCUGCUCUCCCUCGUCGCCCUCACCGAUGUCACCACUGCCUCCAGAGGCGACCGGGACUACACGUUUCACAACUGUAUGAAGAAGUGCAAAGACCAGCAGUGCGAGGGAAAUGAGUAUAAGAACCAACUGGAGCACUUACGAAAGUUAAUGUGGUUUUGCGACGAUGAGUGCAAAUAUAACUGCAUGUGGCAAACAGUCGUGGCGUUCCAACAACACCAAAUCCCCGUUCCCCAGUUUUUUGGGAAGUGGCCCUUCACGAGGCUAUGGGGGAUUCAAGAACCAGCGUCGGUGCUAUUUUCCCUUUUCAACUUGCUUGGUCACGCCACGGGUCUGUUGAGGCUGAGAUGCAAUGUCCCCAAGAAUGCUCCAUUGCUCAGCCUUUGGUAUAUUUUUGGUGCUGUGUGUAUCAACGGGUGGGUGUGGUCCAUUGUCUUCCACACGAGAGAUUUUCCCAUUACCGAGAUAAUGGACUACCUAAGCGCAUUCUCUAUGAAUGCAUUCUCAUUCUUUGCUGUCUUCGUCAGGUUGUCACAAAAGUGGAUGUGUCUUCAAGUGAUCACAACAGGCGUGCUAAUUCUAUCGUUUUGUGCUUACCAUGUUCACUACUUGACGUUUGUACAUUUCGACUAUGGAUAUAAUAUGAAGGCAAAUAUUGCGAUGGGAGUACUUAAUGCGGCGUGCUGGCUAUUCUGGAGUGGGUUAAACCGGAAAACUCAUCAGCAUGUGUGGAAAUGUGCAGUUUUUGUGGCAUUGGCAGUUUUAUCAUUGUGCUUGGAGAUUCUCGAUUUUCCACCAUUUUAUUGGGCAAUAGACGCCCACGCAUUGUGGCAUCUUGUCACUGCACCCAUUACCUUGAUUUGGUACAGUUUCUUAAUUGAUGAUUGCAAGUAUCUGCUGGAAGAAAACAAGGCCAAGAAAAUGAUAUAGCAUAUAAACUUCCUUCUCCCCACUUGUUCACCACCCACUACGGUGCUAGUCCACGAGGAAACAAUCAAUAAUUGUGAUUUCGGCAACUACGGAAUGUUUCCUUUUCAGCUUUUAACCAACCCUUCACCAUCUUCCUGAGACCGUGUAAAUUAUUUCUACUUAAUCCCGUUGUUUUGAUACCCAUUCCUUAUUUUUACAAAUUUUAUAAAAAUGUUAAUUCAGUAAUAAUCAAGUAACAGAAUAGUCAAACCACAUGGUAUAGCAAUAUACAUUCGCGUACGUUAAAUUUUAGAACAAAUCGAGAGAAUUGUCUAGAUGAAUCAAAAUAUAAAUGUUUACCAAUCAAUGAUGUUAAUACCUGAAAAUUUUACCCCUGACUCGAGUCCUUCACAGAAUAAAAGUAAAUGUUAUGCAUA